AGAGUUGUCUCCCUUAGUUAUUUGCAAACAUGGCGGCUGCAUGUGCUAAGAAGCUUUGCCAACUUCUGCUGCUGAUUUCAUCGGCUUUUGGUCUCUUUGAGGAUCAAGUUGGAAAGUUUGAUUGGAAGCAGUCGUAUGUGGGGAAACCACUGCACAUGUUCUGGGACCAGUCAUCAAGUGGGAAGAAGCUCAUUGUGUCUACAGAGAAGAAUGUACUCGCCUCCAUACAUGCCAACAAUGGAAGCAUAGUUUGGCGACGGGUGUUUGAAGAUGACAAGAGAGGUCAUAUGGACAUGGUGCUUCACCAGGGAACCUCCCUAGUGACAGUGUCAGGGGGCGGCAAGAUGGUGCGGGGAUGGCACCCGUCUACUGGCUCUCUCUCAUGGGAGUCAGUGCUGAAGGCGGAACCAGACAUGAGAGCCUCUGGUGUUUUCACAGGACGUUCUAAAGCUGAGAGUGUGGUGGUGGCAACAGCCCAUGGUCUGUAUGCUCUACGUGCUUCGGAUGGGGCCAAAGACUGGGAACUGGAUCUGCCCAACAGUGACACUGUGGACUAUUGGCACAUGGCCAGCCGAGAUCAUGACAUCAUCCUGGUCGGUGUGACCCCCAAAGCUAAGGUUACCAUAGUAACAGUCGGACAGGGAGGGAAACUGAAAUCUCAUCGAGCUGUUCCUUCCCUGUGGAUCACAGUGGAGACGAGCUGCGCUAUAUCAGGAGAGGAGUACUUUGUGUGUUACCGGCCAGAAACCCAGUCUCUCCAGAUUCUGCCUCUGACAGCCGGCCAGGCCUUCACCCCACAGUCGCUGCAGGAUCUGAAUCUUCAAGCCAGCAUCUUCACUCAACUCCAGUCCAGUCCAGUCAACCCAAGUGCAGAUGACCCGAGGGCAGAGGUCAUCCUACGAGUGUCGAAAGACCACAUGGCAGUACUCACAGUUUCAAAAACUGGGGUGAAAGUUGUGAAAGAUUUACCAAAGGCAUCAUCUGCCCAGAUCACAUACCAGGGAGACAGAGACUUCCUCCUCACACUGGAAAGGUCAGGGCUGGAGUUGUCCCUGACCGCAUACGACAUGAAGAGUUGGGGGGAGGUUGCCGACUUGGCCCAGACCAUGGCCUUCACCAACACACACGGACAUCCUAACAUGCUAAAUGGGCUGCUUUUCAAUCGCAAGAAAGAUUCAAGAAUGUCCUGUAAAGUAGCCUUCACCUCUGAAGAUUACACCAUUCACUUCAGAUCAGGGAAAACUACAUGGCGAAGAGAGGAGUCGCUGGCUUAUAUUCUCAGUGUGGAAAUGGUCGAUCUGCCAUUGUCCGAGAACCAGGCCAAGUUUGAGGAUGAAUUUGGAUCCAUUGAAGAUGAUAUUGCUGCGAUGUUUGUGAAACGGCUGCUGGCACAACUGUCCCAGAUACAGUCAUUUGCUGAAGGCCUGAUCAGCAAGCUUCAGGGCCACCGACAUCACUCCUCCAUGGUUGCCCAUGACAACGAGGACCUGGAGAAUGAGGAGGAUGACAUGGAGGAGGAGCUGACCCGCGAUGAGUUCAACCUGAAGAAGAUCAUCAUCGCUGUCACAGCAUCAGGGAAGAUAUUUGGUUUGCGAAGUCACACAGGCAAGUUGGUGUGGCAGCAGUUCCUGCCAGAGUUGUCUCCCUUUGACCGCUACUCGAAACAGAGGCUGGUGCUAUACACACAGAGGACCACAGCUCACUUCCCUCUGCUGCCCCAGUGUGUCGUGGUCGGCAAGAGUCGGAAAACUGGAAACGGCUUCCUUUACGCCUUUGACCCAGUGACUGGGUCCCCUGUGGAAGGAUUGCCAACCAAUGGCCUUGACCUUGGCUAUGAUGUCAUCCAGGCUGCCCUUCUCUCCGAGAUGAGCGAGGACUUUGUGAGAGGCCUGGUUCUCCUCGGCUCUGACUACAGGGCCCGCUUCUACCCGGAGAAUGUGAAGUCCGUUGCAAAAGAACGUCUCUCCUCCAUGUUCAUGUACCUGUCAGAGAUAGACACAGGCUACAUGAAUGGAUACCGACUCGUAGCAAGAAGUAAUGGGGAGUUUGAAGCUGACCCAGUCUGGAACAUCGACCUGCAGAAGAAGCAACAGAGAGUGGUCAGUGUUAUCUCCAAAAGGGUUAAUGAACAUGUGCACUCACAAGGUCGAGUGUUGGGGGACAGGAGUGUGUUGUACAAGUACCUUAACCCUAACUUGGUUGCCGUGGUAACUGAGGGAGAGGAACCGGCUGUGUUAUCGGCAACUCACAAAGGCCCAUCAAGUUUCUUCAACAUCUACCUGAUCGAUGGAGUGACAGGUCACAUCGUGUUCCAUGUCAACCACAAGAGAGCAAAGGGACCCGUCAACAUUGUCCACGCUGAGAAUUGGGUGGUGUACUCCUAUUUCAACGAGCGCCACCGCCGCCCCGAGAUGUCAGUGAUGGAGAUGUUUGAAGGGAAGGAGCAGAGCAACUCCACAGCCUUCUCCUCCUUCAACCCCCCUCCCCAGCCCCUCGUGCUGCGCCAGUCCUACAUCUUCCCCCUCUCCAUCAGCACCAUGGCAACCACCGUCACCGAGAAGGGCAUCACCAGCAAGAACCUCAUCAUUUCACUCAGGAAUGGGGGACUUCUUUCUAUUCCGAAGGCCUUGCUAGACCCAAGAAGACCCAUCAUACCAUCACAAGAAACAAUGGAAGAAGGCACCAUUCCGUACAUUCCUGAGAUCCAGGUGUUCACGGAAGCGACUCUCAACUACAACCAGAGUGUGGUGAACAUCCGCGGGAUUCACACCACACCGGCCGGACUCGAGUCUACAUCACUUGUUCUAGCCUAUGGUCUAGAUCUUUUUUACACACGAGUGAAUCCCUCCAAGAUGUUCGAUGUCCUUAAAGAAGAUUUUGAUUAUCUUUUCAUCGGUACAGUGUUGCUGAUAAUGAUUGCAGUGUCCGUUAUAUCACAGAAACUGGCAUCAAGAAAAGCUUUAAACAGAGCCUGGAAGUGAUGCAGACUAAUCUAAUAGAAUAAUUUGGUUUAUUUAUUCAGAGUCGUAUGUCAUAAUGAUAUGCUCAAUCAAGUUUUGUAGCAUUUAUAAAGUUCUCUGACAUUUAUACUAUCAUUUCUAUACCAAUAAUCACUUAUUUGUUAAAAGGCCAGUUUUGUGAAGAUCGCAAUUAUGCGGGUGAUUUCAUUAUAUCAGUUUGUAGUGUAUCCUUGGGGAAGAAUGGGUAAGAUUCAAAUGACAAUUUUCACAUCAUUAAAUGAACUUGAUAUUGAUAUGUGUAUUUUGGGCAUAUGAUAAUAACUUCUUCAAGUUCGAUUUGGUUGUAGCUGGUUCCAGCUUCAAAUAUACUGUGUACCUCUGUCUCCAGGAACUUCUAGAUGUGGGUUUCCAAUCCCAGAUUAUUUCUGAUCAUGGUCCCUGGUUUGUCAGCACCAUACCCAUCCUUGUGAGUUCCAGUAGAGAAAUGGUCUUAAAAUAUGUCUGUGUGUUUUGGGAAAUAUGUUCAUAUGACAUUGAUUUCAAACUGAAGAAUACCGUGAAGAUCCAGGGUAGAACAGGUCUUCAGCAACCUAUGUUUGCGAUAAAAGGUGACUAUGCUUGUCGUAAGAGGCAACUAAUGGGAUCGGGUGGUCAGGCUCACUGACUUGGUUGAUGCAUGUCAUCAUAUCCCAAUUGGGUGGAUCCAUGCUCAUGAUAUUAAUCACUGGAUUGUCUGGUCCAGAUUUGAUUUUUUUACAGAUGGCUGUCAUAUAGCUGGAAUAUUGCUGAGUGUGGCAUAAGGAGAGCAUGUUUAAUGUACAUACAUGAUUUGUAAUCGGAGUUGAACUUGUCGGUAACUCAUUCUGCAAAGGGUUAAUGUAAACGGAGAUGUUCACAGUCGUGAAAUGAUAUAUUGUACAUAAGGGACGAGGUUUGGACUCUCUUUGACCCACUGCAUUGUUUUUUAAGUCUUUAAGUUGACGGUUUUCUCAGAUGAUGUGCGUAGGAAGUUAAGAACAGUACGAACAUAUGGUUAACAUUUUUCUUGGGUCACUUAAAUUGAAUGUUUGAAAAUUGGCAUUUUCACUCAUUUCAGCCAACCUUUGUACUUGCUCAUGAUUGCAGGUGAUAUUUGAACUUCUCCAUUAACUACUUGUCAAUUUUAUAAGGGUCUCAUUACUUUUGAGUCCAGUUUCCCUUAAUUGAGUGAUUGGAAAUAGACUGGGGAUACAAAACUUGAAGAUUUUUCAGCGGAAUUGUUAUAUUUAAUGACUAUUGGAAAUAUUUGUGUGUUGCUAUCUAUAGAGAUGAACUAAAUGUAACCAACAUGCUAUUUGUUCCGUUUUGAUACUUUUACAUACAAUUUACAUACAAUAAUUCAGUAGAUCAUAAGAUAUUCACAGGUGAAACAUGACCAUAUUUUGGUGACUAACCUGAGAGAAUGUUGAAAGUGAGGCAUUGUUUGUAACAGUGCAAAAACCAAUCUUAUUGAAAUCAGAUCCGAGUUCUCACUGCCGCUAAACAAAGAUCUGA